AUGGGCAACACAAGAGAAUUCUCCAUUUGGCAGCUCAUUGGCUGCCUUGAAAAAAUGGGAAAACGCUUAAAGUGGAAAGAUUUAAAAUCUCAUAACCCCAAUAUUAUGAUGGGGAAGGUUAUUCCGAUGACUGCAUUGAAGGAGUUGAGGGCUCGUUUCAUGAAGAAGCUUGAAGAAAGUCAGAGGAUGUUAAUGAAGGCUCUCAAUGAUGAGCUAAUAAAAGUGGUGGAGGAAAUUGCAAGAGAGGUUGCAGUGGCAAGUGGAGAUGAGGAACUUAAUCAGAAUGAUACCAAUAAAGGAGAUGAUGAUCAAGAUGAGGAUGAAGAAGAACAUGACCUUCAUGAUAGGGAAGGAGGUCAUGAUUACAUGGUUGAGGAGGUGGAAGAUGAGGGUGACCGUGAUGGUCAUGGAGGUAAUGAUGACGAUGAUGUGGACAGGGAUGAGGAGGAACAUGACCAUGAUGAUAAGAAAGGAAGUCAUGAUUAUGUGGUUAAAGAGGUGGAAGAUGAUGAUAAGGAGGUUGAAGAUUUAGAUGAUAAGGGUGAGGAAGAUACACAUGCAAAGACUGCAACCCCUACCAAUCUUCCUUUGCUGUUGGAUCGUGAAUGGGAGAGCAGUGACAGUAGGUAG